AUGAAGUUACUGGACACACUCUACGAUGUUGGUUUGAAUCAUUUAAACCUAUCUGAAGCUGCAACCCAGUUGUCAGCAAAUGCUAGUGUUGCUUCUAAUGCAUCCAAUGUUACUUCCAACAGUCCAUUCCGUACUGUCACAGAUCAUGAAAGAGUCUUUGUCUGUCAAUUGUUUAGUUUGGGUACAAAGAAUGUUUGUCAUGUACUUGUUAAACAUGCUGUUAGGCUUGAAUGUCCCAUUCCUGUCGAGCAUCUGUAUGAAACGGAUCAGACUGUUGCUCGAUAUAAACACAUUGCUGAUGGGUUUUCUGAAUGGAUAAAAAGUACAGAUCUGGAUGCCAUUUCCAAAACCAAUACAUGGACAAUAUGGAACGCCAAAUGUUUUGCUCGUGAAUUGAUUCAACAUCAUUAUCCCAAUGGAAUGGAUUUGAAAUUGUACAUUGGAGUUAAAAACGCUUUUCCUCCAACUCUUCCUUGUACAAACAUAGAAAAGGUGACUUGGAAGCAUCCAGCACUUGCACAACAUAUGCCAGAUUUGGAUCUUAGAUACUCGGCUAUAGAUGUUGUUUCUAGAGAUGAAGCACGAAAACUUUUUAUAUAUGGCUACACAUCACCCCUUUCUCAUGCACAACAGCAAACCGUGUCGCAUUGGCUUCAUACCUUGCCACAAUUUGUGCAUAUGGUAGGAUUGACUAAAAAAACAUUCCAAGAUCUUGUGGAGCAUAAUGCAAUCAUUGCAUCCGAGACUAUUAUUGCACUAUCAACAUCUCCCAAACUGCACAUUUUUUUAGAUGCAUUGGUUGAAAUAUCAACGACCAUGCAUGUAAUGGAAGUUGUGAAUAGGGUUGCUUCCAAAAACACUGCUACACUUCCAAAAGAUUUUCUUCAUAUGCAUUUGUCGAAAUGUAUGAAUGCUUGUGAUACGAUUCGUGACAAGUACAUGCAAGAUCGACAAGUCCGUUUGGUCUGUGGGUUUGUGCAAUCUCUUGUCAAGAAUCAAUCAAUAUCAAUCCAGGACUAUCGUGUGGACCUACAAACUUUUUGUUUGAGCUACUCGAGGGUGAAAGAAGCUGUUGAUUUAUACAGACUUGUUCUUGCCAAAACAUCUCAGUCUCAUAUUGCUACAGACGACUAA